CAGCAUUCACUUCAUUUGUAGGGUUAGGGUUUUCUUUGGCAGCGGUUGCUUCUUCUCUUCAGCUUCAAAGCCCUUUCUGCCGUCGAUCAACUUAUCUCAUUGACCAUGGGUAAGACACGAGGUAUGGGAGCUGGUCGCAAGCUCAAGUCCCACCGCAGAAGGCAGAGGUGGGCUGACAAGUCGUACAAGAAGUCCAACCUUGGCAAUGAAUGGAAGAAACCAUUCGCAGGUUCAUCUCAUGCCAAAGGCAUUGUUCUUGAGAAGAUAGGUAUUGAGGCCAAGCAGCCUAACUCUGCUAUUAGAAAGUGUGCUAGAGUUCAACUAAUCAAAAAUGGAAAGAAGAUUGCUGCUUUUGUUCCCAAUGAUGGUUGCUUAAACUAUAUUGAAGAAAAUGAUGAGGUGUUAAUUGCUGGAUUUGGGCGUAAAGGUCAUGCCGUUGGAGAUAUUCCUGGUGUUAGAUUCAAGGUUGUGAAGGUCUCUGGUGUCUCCCUUCUGGCACUUUUCAAAGAGAAGAAGGAGAAGCCAAGGUCUUAAAUGGUCAUUGAGAUUUUGCCAUUUUCUAUAGUUCAUUGUUAGUUUUUUUAAAGAAUUAUGAAUUGUUCUUAUUGUUACCGAGUGGAUGCUGUGAACAAUUUUUAAUCUGCCUUCCGGUUACUGUAUUGAAUUUCUGGUUUCAAUUUUCAGUCAAAGAAUAUUUUAUUGUCACUGA